AUGCCUGGGAUAGGGGCCAUCGGAGCUCGGUGCAGGCACCGCCCGAGGAGGCGCCCCGACAAGGCCGAGGCCAGCGGGGGCCCGCACGCCGACCCCGGGGAGAGCGCCAUGGACGCGGCCAUCUGGAUCUACCAGUUCCGCCUGAUCGUGCUGGGCGACUCCACGGUGGGCAAGUCCUGCCUCCUGCACCGCUUCACCGAGGGCCGCUUCCCGGGGCCGAUGCACUCCGACCCCACCGUCGGGGUGGAUUUCUUCUCCCGCCUGGUGGAGAUCGAGCCCGGCAAGAGGAUCAAGUUGCAGCUUUGGGACACGGCGGGCCAGGAGAGGUUCAGAUCAAUUACACGCUCCUAUUACCGAAAUUCGGUAGGAGGCUUGCUGGUGUUCGACAUCACGAACCGGUCUUCCUUUGAGCACGUGUACGACUGGCUGGAUGAAGCCAAAAUGCACGUGCAGCCCUUCCAGAUUGUGUUCAUCUUGGUGGGACACAAAUGCGACUUGGAGGCAGAGCGCCAGGUUACGAGAGAGGAAGCUGCCGAACUGGCGUCCGCCUGCGGCAUGAAAUACAUCGAAACCUCGGCCAAGGAAGCUACCAAUGUCGAAGAGUCCUUCACAGUUCUCACGAAAGACAUAUACGAACUUGUGAAAAAGGGAGAGAUUUCGAUGCAGAAUGGAUGGGAAGGGGUGAAAAGCGGGUUCGUUCCUAACAUCGUACAUUCCUCAGAAGAGGCGACCGAACUCGGAGACCAAUGCCCCUGCUAAAUGGCUUGCAUGCCAAUGAGCCAUAUUGCAUAUCUGUUGU